GGCGCUUGAGUCGGCACAGCGGGGACGGUAUUAUUCACUGGCAUAGCCACAGCACUUGAGUGACGGGUAAACCAAAAUAGGCGAGAGAGACGCGGCUUGCAGCUGGAACUGUCGCCAGCAUCGUUCUCGCCUCACAAACUCGUCUGGCUGCAAGUGGGUGGUGUGGUGUGAGGUGGAGGAGCGUCCGUGUUUCAGAGUGUGGCGGCUACGAAACGUGUAUGGCGGUGCUGGAGGCUUUCGGGGCGAGUCGGAACCUAGAGGACCAAGGAUCUGCAGAGAUGAUUUCCAGCACAGUCCUAUACGUGCCUACUCGCAAGUGAGUCCAGUAGAGUUCAGUGAGGCUUAUGUCCAGGUCAUAAAAGCAGCUAAAUGGAGUCUGAGCAGUUGUUCCAUAGAGGUUACUACCGAAAUAGCUACAACAGCAUAACUAGUGCAAGUAGUGAUGAAGAACUUCUAGAUGGCGCUGGUGUUAUCAUGGAUUUCCAGACCUCUGAAGAUGACAAUUUGUUAGAUGGUGAUGCAUGCAUUGCAGGAACUCAUUAUACAAUGACAAAUGGCGGAAAUAUUAACAGUACUACGCACUUACUGGACCUCUUGGAUGAGCCCAUUCCUGGGGUUGGAACUUAUGAUGACUUCCACACCAUUGACUGGGUGCGAGAGAAGUGCAAAGACAGAGAAAGACACAGACGGAUCAAUAGCAAGAAGAAAGAAUCUGCCUGGGAGAUGACAAAGAGUUUGUAUGAUGCAUGGUCAGGAUGGCUAGUUGUAACACUAACUGGAUUGGCAUCAGGUGCAUUGGCUGGGUUGAUAGACAUUGCUGCAGACUGGAUGACUGAUUUAAAGGAAGGUAUUUGUCUCAGUGCCCUGUGGUUCAACCAUGAACAGUGUUGUUGGGCAUCAAAUGAAACAACAUUUGAAGAGCGGGACAAGUGUCCACUAUGGAAAACAUGGGCAGAACUCAUAAUUGGUCAAGCAGAAGGCCCAGGCUCCUACAUCAUGAACUACAUCAUGUAUAUUUUCUGGGCCUUGAGCUUUGCUUUCCUAGCAGUUUCUCUGGUGAAGGUGUUUGCACCUUAUGCUUGUGGCUCUGGGAUUCCAGAGAUCAAAACUAUAUUGAGUGGCUUCAUCAUUAGAGGAUACUUGGGCAAGUGGACCUUGAUGAUAAAAACAAUCACUUUAGUCUUGGCUGUAGCCUCAGGUUUGAGUUUAGGAAAAGAGGGUCCUCUAGUACAUGUUGCCUGUUGCUGUGGAAAUAUCUUUUCCUACCUCUUUCCGAAGUAUAGCACAAAUGAAGCAAAAAAAAGGGAGGUAUUAUCAGCUGCUUCAGCAGCUGGAGUAUCAGUAGCCUUUGGUGCCCCCAUUGGUGGAGUCCUUUUCAGCCUAGAAGAAGUCAGUUAUUAUUUUCCACUGAAAACUUUGUGGAGAUCAUUUUUUGCUGCUUUGGUGGCUGCAUUUGUGUUGAGAUCAAUCAAUCCUUUUGGUAACAGUCGCCUAGUUCUUUUCUAUGUUGAAUACCAUACUCCAUGGUACCUGUUUGAACUGUUGCCAUUCAUUCUUUUGGGGGUGUUUGGUGGGCUGUGGGGAGCAUUUUUCAUCCGUGCAAACAUUGCUUGGUGCCGUCGACGCAAAUCAACAAAAUUUGGAAAAUAUCCAGUUCUGGAGGUCAUUAUUGUAGCAGCAAUAACCGCUGUCAUUGCUUUUCCAAAUCCAUACACCAGAGUCAACACCAGUGAGCUUAUUAAAGAACUUUUCACAGACUGUGGGCCCUUGGAAUCCUCCUCCCUUUGUGAUUACAGAAAUGACAUGAAUGUCAGUAAAAUAGUAGAUGAUAUUCCUGAUCGUCCAGCGGGCACUGGAGUGUAUUCAGCUAUAUGGCAGCUGUGUUUAGCCCUCAUAUUUAAGAUUAUAAUGACAGUCUUCACCUUUGGUAUCAAGGUGCCAUCAGGCUUGUUCAUACCUAGUAUGGCCAUUGGAGCAAUAGCUGGGAGAAUUGUGGGAAUUGCUGUGGAGCAGCUUGCUUAUUAUCACCACGACUGGUUUAUCUUCAAGGAGUGGUGUGAAGUUGGAGCAGACUGUAUAACACCUGGCCUUUAUGCUAUGGUUGGUGCUGCUGCAUGCUUAGGUGGUGUGACAAGGAUGACAGUAUCUCUAGUGGUUAUAGUGUUUGAAUUAACGGGUGGGCUAGAAUACAUUGUGCCCCUCAUGGCUGCAGUAAUGACAAGCAAAUGGGUAGGAGAUGCUUUUGGCAGGGAAGGUAUCUAUGAAGCACACAUUCGUCUGAAUGGAUAUCCUUUCUUGGAUGCCAAGGAAGAAUUUACCCACACAACUCUGGCUGCAGAUGUCAUGAGACCUCGAAGAAAUGAUGCACCCCUGGCAGUGUUAACACAAGAUAACAUGACAGUGGAUGAUAUAGAAAACUUGAUCAAUGAAACCAGCUAUAAUGGUUUCCCUGUUAUAAUGUCAAAAGAGUCCCAGAGACUAGUGGGAUUUGCCCUAAGGAGAGAUCUGACUAUUGCAAUAGAAACUGCCAGAAAGAAGCAAGAAUGUAUUGUUGGCAGUUCCAGAGUCUGUUUCGCCCAGCAUACCCCAUCACUUCCAGCAGAAAGCCCUCGACCUUUGAAGCUUAGAAGCAUUCUUGAUAUGAGUCCUUUUACUGUGACAGAUCACACACCAAUGGAGAUAGUGGUCGAUAUUUUCCGCAAACUGGGCCUGAGACAGUGCCUUGUAACACACAAUGGGAUUGUCUUGGGGAUCAUCACAAAGAAGAACAUAUUAGAGCAUCUCGAGCAACUAAAGCAGCACGUCGAACUCUUGGCGCCUCCUUGGCAUCAUAACAAAAAAAGAUAUCCUCCGUCAUAUGGCCCAGACGGCAAACCAAGACCCCGCAUCAAUAAUGUUCAACUAAAUCCAGUAACGGAGGAGAGAGAGGAAAGUGAAGAGGAGGUUCAUUUGUUGACUAGCACAACACUUUAGCAUGAAGCAUUGUUUUGCAAUGCAAAAGGAAAAUUGGAUUUUUGGGAAAGCUGUUGGAAUUCAGGAGUUGGUUUAGGAAAAGGUGGGGAGAUGGAAAAAGGAUGUUCCUCAUGGGCAAAGAGGUUGGGAGCAAAGUUCUGCAGUCCUGCACUGGAUGCAUUCUGAGUUGCUAGAGCGGCCAUGAUAGUGCAGUACAAAGUUGUGUCAGAAGAUGGAAGGCUCCAAUCUGUACCCUGCUGCUUUAGCAUUGAAGAAACUGCUUAUUAGUCCCUGUUUCCAGAGGGAUCAUUUUGAACUGAGCCAUCUUUUGAAUACUGGAAGAUUUUGCCCUUUUUACCACAGAUGAUUGUUGUGUUAAUUCAUGAAGUGCAUAAUUACUUCACAUCACCUCUUUACAUUCCAAAAGAGCUUUUAUUUCUCUCUCCUGAGCCCUAACAGCCUCUUUACAAUUGGUGCGCCCUUUUGAAAUGGUUGUUUCUCAUAUUGAGAUGUACUGUGACCUGCUGAGUUUGAUCACAAGAACAAAGUAUUUCUUCUGCCAUUUAAACGAUUGUAUAUCAUGAAAUUCUUGUGGCAGUUUUGAUCUACUGCAACAAAAGUAGAUUGAACAGGUUUAAAUAACUUGCACAAAGCAUGUUUGAAAUCCUGCAGCUUUUGAGCUGCAACUUAAAACAGCCAAAACCUGUCUCAAGGUGACCUGGGCUUAUGCAAUUUUUUGUAUUAUUAAAAACACUAAGGUAUAUACCAAUGUUGUGCAGUGCAAGGAAAAUACUGCUGUUCUGCAAAGAACAGUUCUAUAUAAAUAUGUCUGGUAACAACUGCAUGCUCAAACACUGGAGAUUUCCUCCCCAGCCCUUAAAUUAUGGUCUUUCGCUUUUUGUUUCCUGUUCCUACAAAACUGUAGUCCUAUUUUGCACUAGAUAUACACUGAUAUUUGACCAUUGUUUUAUUUAUAUUUUUAUGAAUUAAAAAUAUAGAAAAUAAAAUUAGUUAAUAGUCACAGUUAAUUUUACCUUUAUAAUGUGAUUUUUUAUACAGUAAUUCAGAAUCCUCCAUAAGUAAAGAUGGGUAACUUAGGCAAAAGCUUACCAAUGGAGGAUGUGUUUAAUAUUUCUUUAUAAUGCAGCCUGACACUUGAUUGCCAUAAAUUUAGUUACUGUUUUUAAUCAAAUAACUGAAAUAAUUGGAGACCCAAUAUUUGUAAAUAUUGCAGGAUUUAAAAAUAUUUUAAUUAUAGACCUGUAAUAAUUUAAUUUGUAUUUUCAAGAACUUUAAAAUGUAGCAGCUGAAGUGAUAACUCAGUUGUAAGAAGCAAUUGUUACUUUAAAAACUGUGUAAGGUUUAACUCCUAUCCACAGUAGAUGCAAGGAGGACUUGACAACUGGAACAUUUUUUUAAUCCCAAUUAGAGUUUUCUGACUUGUAUCUGCUUGAUGUCCCUCCACUGACAGAAGGCACUUUGAUGUGGUGGAACCUUCCAUCAGUGGAAAAAUGAUCAAGGCAAUCAUUGGUGAUUUCCCCUCGCCCUUGCAGCCCCCUGCACCACCUUCCACAUUGUUCCAAAGGGUUCCCCAUCCUCCAAAGCUGAUUGGAGGGGGGCUGAAAGGGGAAUCACUGAAAAUUGCCCCACUCUACUGAGGGAAACUCCACUGCCUUCUAUCAGCAAGGAAACACCAAUGAUAUAACGAUCCUUUGUGUUUUGAAUGUCUAUUUACUAAAAUGUCUAUUUAGCAAAGCAUCAGCUCCACCACAGUGGCCUGGUUUGUAUGACUCACAAAGCCAAAUCUUGGCUGAGUGAGACCAUGAAUGCUUCCAGAGAGCUUUCAAGCCACUUUGCUACUCAGCCCCUUUUUGCUGCUGCACCGCGCUGAGCUAUGUCAAGGUUUGGCUCAUGGUUAAGAUCUCUCCUCGCUAAUCAUGAGCUGUAACCACCUUGUUUUAUACCUCAUGGUUAGUGAGGAGAGAGCUUAACCAAGAGCCCUGGUUUGGCCAACACACUAAGCCAAACUUUGGCAUAGCUCUGGGGGGUAGCAAAAAGAAAUGCAGAGCAAAGUGGUUAUGAGUUCCUUUCUGGGAGCCUCCAUGGUCUCUCUCUCAACCAAAAUUUGUUUCAGCAUGUCAUGUGAACCAGACUAAAUAUCUCAAGUUAUUGUGACGUAUUGACCAUAAUAAAACUGAAAUAUAUAAAUAGGAGAGUUUGGAAGUGUGAGUUGUAGCUGAACAUUCCAAAGCAUCACAUCUCCUGAGGGAGGGCAUUCAUGUAGUUGGCUGUUAAAACAUUUAUGGUGAGGUUUCCUGCUAUAAAAUGAUUGAGGGUUGUGUGGUAAGCCCUUUAUGCACAGCGUAGCUCUGACUCUGUUUCCAGCUGCCCAGUAGCCUCCUACCUCACUUGAUAAGCCCAUUUUGAAAUAUUGGAAGUUCACAAGAUGUUUGUAAGGUAGCACAGCAACCUUCCCUUAAUGAGACAAAAAGAACCAGAAGCCCUACUGGUGGGUUAACCAUUAUGGUGACCUCCAGAUGUUGGACUCCAACUCCCAUCAUGCCUUUCCAUUGGCCAUGCUGGCUGGGGUUGAUUGGAGGUAGAGUCCAACUUCUGGAGGGUUCCAUGUUGGAUAACUCUGCCCUACAGCAUAGAUGAAAGUUCAUAUAAGACACCAAAAAGGGGGCCUUAAGUGUAUUGCCAAAGUAAAAUGACCUAUUUAUUUCUUGCAAAAAUCCUUGAUGACACAGGGUUAUCCAAAACCUUAAAUGAGGAAAACUUAUUCCAAAGGAGUACCAAAAUAAAUUUGGUGAAGUAAAUGCGAAUGCAACGAAGAACUGUAAACAAAUGCUUUCCUAAGUGGCCCAAAUAUUGAUAGUUAUUUAGGUGUAGGUUUUGAAAUCCUUUGAUAUUUUUCUGCAGUGCCUAAUUGGUCAGUAUGAUUAGAGACUUCUUUUAAAAAAAGUUUUGCUUUGAACUCUAUGUCUGAACUUUUGCCAAAGCUCUGUUUUUGGCACAAUUCAUUUGGUUGGAUUCAAAGGUUCCUUCCUUUGAUGGAAGGAGCGUCCUCUUUCAGAGAAAGAGGACCUUUGGGUCCAAACGGUUCUUUAUAUUUUUAGUGAGUUAAAAUUAAUAAUUGUGAACCCUUUUUGGUUUUUUUGCCUGGGUGUUUUUCAUUUGGAGCCUGUUAUUGUAUAAAUCAGUGUUAACAUGAAGAGAAUUUGGCCUAUGUGUAGAUACAUGACUACUUGUGAUACUUCUAUCACUUUUUAAACUGUUAAAUAAUGUUAAAACUCUUCUGCCCCAACUCAAAAUCAUGUAUAUCUAAAGCCAAAUGUUGUUUCUCAAAGUAACAUGCACUAAUUUUGAAAGCCUCCUGUUCAGUUUGAAACUUCCAUCUGGCGACUUGCUUUACCAUAGCACUCAAGUUAUAUGUAGUUUAUAAAUUCAUUGUCCUUCGACUGCCCUCAGCGGCAUGAAGUGAAAAGAUACCAAUUCAUGCCCGAUAAUCACUUAUUUAAACAUUAGAUCUUCACAUUGAAUACUUCACUUCUAUACUGUGCUGAUCUAAUGCACUUUGCUGUUUUUACCUGCUCAGUUUUCCUUACUGGCACAUGGAAUGUGUUUCUGCUCAUUAUGACGCAUUAGAGACUCUGGCAUUGAACUAAGUGUCCCUCUGUUGUGUGCAAAAAAGUGUGUGCGGGGGUUACUAAUGUAAAAAUUUGCAGAGCCUUAUUAAAAUUGAACAGGAUGUGGUAUUUGAGGGUGUCAGCAUCUUUUUGUUUUGUUUAUAGCAGUUCAGUUAGUUCAUGAAUGCAUAGUUUGUUAAUCUGUGAUAUUUCCUAGACCUGUAUUAAACAUUAAUCCUAAUGUUUUUAUCUAUACUAGUGUGGUAUAGUUGCAUAUCAUUACAGUAAAAUAAAAUCCUAGUACUGUGAUGAUUUAAUUAUAAAAACGUAUUAAAUUUUUCUGUAUGACAA